AUAUAUAUUCCCAAUGAUAGCAAGAAGCUUGUCAGCAGAUGAGUACGAGGCCCUAAACGGUGAAGAGAGGUUGAGAGAGCAGGUUGAGGACUUGGUUCUUUCAAAUACUGAUGAAGAUGAUGACGAUGACGAAGAAAUUGACACUGUGGCUAAUGAAGCUAAUGAACCUUUACCUGUGGAGUAUCGAGGAACUAUAAUCCCUGACCCAGAUGUACAACAAAUUGAAGCAGAUAAUGUUUUGACUGAUUCUUAUGAAGAUGAUACCGACUACCUUGAGUUGAUUCAUCUUAAGAUAGGUUCGUUGAGUGACUUGGAUUUAGGCAGAUUUACUAAGCUUGAAUCUGUUUGUUUUCGACAAAACUUAAUCACUUCGAUGGUCGACGUGAGGGACUUAAGUGAUACCGUCGAAGAAUUGGACUUUUAUGAUAACAGAAUCAACCACAUCUCCAGUAAUAUUGGUAAAUUGGUCAAUCUCAAGAACUUGGAUUUGUCUUUCAACAAGAUUAAAAACAUAAAGAACCUCGAAAAGCUCACUGAGUUGGAGAACUUGUACUUUGUUCAAAACAAAAUCAAGGAGAUUAAGAACCUUGACAACAACCUUAAGAUCAAGAACUUAGAAUUGGGAGGUAAUAAGAUAGGGGAUAUCAGCGAAAUGAUGUUGAAAUUAGUGAACAUUGAGCAGUUAUGGUUGGGGAAGAACCAGAUCCCCCGUCUCCAAAACCUCCAGAAUUUGAAGAACUUACGAAUUUUAUCCAUCCAGUCCAACAGAAUUGAAAAAAUCGAAGGCUUGGAAAGUCUAGAAAAUCUACAGGAGUUGUACUUAUCCCACAACAAGAUCAGCAAGAUCGAAAAUCUUGAGCACAACACAAAGCUACAAGUGUUAGAUGUGACAUCCAAUGGCUUGAAGUCACUUAGUGGCUUGAGUCAUCUCAAGCAAUUGACUGAUUUCUGGUGUUCGUACAAUCAGAUCUCAAACUUCAACGAAAUUAACAGAGAACUAGGUAGCCUUCCUGAAUUGGACACCGUCUACUUCGAAGGCAACCCGGUACAGACGUCCAAUCCAACUGCUUAUCGUAGAAAACUAAGAUUGAGCCUUGGUCCUAGUUUGUCGAAAAUCGAUGCUACUUACGUUCACAACUGAUAAGCUUUGCUGCAAAGAAGCGCCUGAAAUUUAGAACUAAAUGUGUAUAGUUGAGAUUAAUAUCAAUAUUGCUAAUGUUUGUAGUUCCAGAUGCCACGGGCAUUUUACAGAUUUUUUCACUCUUAGUGGUGGAAUAGUUUUUGUUGGUACAGUUUGUAAGCAGAUCAUGCAUUCCCAUCCGUUCUAAGCGACUGCGAUGACUGAAAA